AUGGCGUUUUCAUGGUUUUUCGCCCAGCAGCCGUCUGAGGCGGCACCAUCCCCGGUCACAAGCUCCGCUGCAAAGCAGGAGGAAAAACCCGAAGGUGUGUUGAACAAGACAUUCUCCGGCGAGGCGCGUGCCAAAGAUCUCUCCGAUUCAAGGGCUCGCUUCGCGCACGGUCCUUCGCGAAUGCUCUCGCGUCACCAGUCGACCAGCUCGAGAAGACGCCCGCAGCAUGUAGGGCCUGUUCAAAUUGAGUUCGACGACGAACCUCCUGCCGCUUUCUCUCUCCCGAUAGGAAGCCGACCUUUUCAUGUUUCUUAUUCGGACACCCGGAGCGCCGAACAACGGCCUGGCAACCUCGAUGGAGCAGACCACCGCAGCGCCCGAGAGAAAGAAGGGCGAAACAGUGAGAGGUCCAUGUCUGUGGACGGUUCGAUCGCGCGAUCGGCGGUGUCCGUCGGAGACACUGCGAAGACUGCAAAUCUGUUUUCUUCUCUGUCUCGCCCGGAGAUAACCGCGCAGCGUUUCAACUCGCCUUCUUCCCAGAAUCCAAGUUUGCAAGGGAUCGCACCACAGCGUUUCCUUCAGCAUGACUCGACGUCGAAAGAGACGGCACUGCCGACUCGCGCGCUGCUGCACAGUAGCAAGGAAGAGGAAGACGAUACAGAUCUUGUUGUUGGUCCCAAAACGUUUGGAUUCGCUUUAACCGGCCGGAGAAGAACGCUAUCGCAGUUUCCCUCUCGUCUAACCACUCUGCCUUCUCUGCGCUCCUUUCCCACUGCGAGCGGAAGUGUACAGACCAGAGCCUUGGCGCCGUCGCUGAAAGGAAAGAGAGGUUUUCGAGAGGCGAGGGGAGGUCCGAAAGAGGCUGAGAAAGGCGACUCGCCUCAUUCAUCCAGUGUAUCUACAGGGGUGCCGGGCGGCAGGCCAGGUGAAGGGAACCGGGUGGGAGACGAUCAGACCUCCGGUGAAAUCCUAAGUCAACACUCUACUUUUUCGCGUGCUUCCGCAGAGCCUUUGGGCGACGAGAACAAGCCACAGACGCACCGUACCGCCGGCACUUCCUGUCCCGCUUGUGAAUCCAAAGAAGGGACUCCAAAUCUUCCAAGGCGUCUACAACGAUCCCCAAGAAACGCCCGAGAAGACGCGGAGCCCGUGGCGCAAGCUUGCGCCUCGUCUGGAGAUGGCUACGCGCAUGUAACAGCGUCUCAGUCGCGCCCGCCACACUCUCUCCAGGGUCCGUUGCCGGCGCCCUCGGCUGAGUCUCCAGAGCGGCCCCAAGCUUUCGCUCUCGGUCGGCAUCCGUUGCGGUCGAGCGCUCGAGUGAGCUUCGCUGCCGCUCCCUCAGACGCUGCCGAGUCGAGGGAGAACAAGGCGCAUGACAACGAGGGGCAAAAAGCGGCCCAGGCUUCCGUUCCUGCCUCCCCCCGGGAGUCCGUCACUGAAGGCGAUCUUCGGAAGAAUCACAAUUCCGAGAGGCAUCGCCCAGGAAGUCCUUCUUCUUCUGCGUCCACGCGCGUUUCAGAACUGGAUACCACUCUCUCGUCUUCUUCCUCGUCGUCGUCUCUGCCUCCCGCUGUGGAAGACUCUUCGGGGAGUCGACGCCGAAGCGACGGCGAGGCGAGCAAAGGGCCAGAGGCCGAGGCGACAACGGCCGAGUCAGGCUCUCAAAAGACCCGCUCUUCUGCCGGCUCAGGCAGACCUCCCUGCGAGCACAUUCUCCUCGUCGUCCACGGCAUCGGCUGCGAAGCGGAAGGGGGAGCAAUCCACAAGCAACAAUUCGUCAAAAGUCUCGCGCUCGUCAACGAGUACUGGUUCUGGAAAAAACCUGUGGAAGUCCACGUGCAUGCAAUCAACUGGAAACAAACGGUCAUUCACGCUCAGGAACACAUGUUUGAGCACAUCACCCUGAAGGACGUGUACGAGACUCGGCGCAUGCUCACCCUCACAGCUGCAGAUCUCCUUUUCUUCCUCACCCCUCGAUAUGGCGAUUUUAUUAUGACCCAGGUUGCGGAACAGCUGAACGAGGCCGUCUCCAAACUGCGCGCUCAUCCCUCGGAGCGCUACAAGGACUCGAAAAUAUCUGUGCUCGGAUAUUCCCUCGGUAGCGUGAUGGCGUACGAACUCCUCGCAGGCCGACCCUUCCGACCGUCGCAGUUCAAUCCGACAACGAACCCGUCCCCGCGGCUGAACUUCCACGUCGAUUCGCUCUUCCUUCUCGGCAGCGCUCUCCCAGCCUUUCUGCUCUUGCAUGCACCCGAGAUCCUCAAGCAAGGAAUGUGGUUGCCUAGGGAUCUGCGGCUGUAUAAUAUUUUCCAUCCCUGCGAUCCUGUGGCCUUCCGACUCGAGAAGCUCGUGUACCCUCAAAUCCGACAGCUCCCACCGCCGGUGCUCCUGGCCUUCUGGCGUACCAACGGAGUCCAGAAGUGGUACGAGUGGGACAUGAAUGUUCAGCACGCGAAAAAUGUGCUAAUGCAAAAUAUCACAGACUUUGCGUCGACAAUCAGCAACUCGCUCUUCUUCUGGUGGAACACGGAGAAAGGCAACCCGAACCCAGAGGGCAUCAGCGUGUUGGACUCGAACGCGACAGCCGCUUCAGCUGCCUUGGAGGAGGCGAAGAAGUCCAAGGCAGGCCUGCUUUCGUCGUCCUUCUCUUCCGCUUCUCUGGUCGGUCCGUUGGGCCAAAAAUCUAAGCCGGCUGCAGCGCGUCGGGCGCCGAGCAGAGGGGCGACCCUGUGUGACUCGGACGGCCUGCGCGAUGCAGGAGACAGAAGGGACGGAGCGGGCGGAAAACUGGGGUCGAUGGAGACACCUGGCGGUCGAGUCGUGGGCGGCCAGGCCGCAAGCAGAGCGCAUCGGAGACAGUUGGACAGGAAAGGGAGCUCGAAUGCCCCAGCGAGUAGAGAUGAACCGAAUAAGGCGCUCCCUCUCCGGAUGAAGCAAACGCUUCCUCACGUGUUGAUGCGACACACUCGCGCAGCUGACAGCAGUGAGGACGUUGAGUUACCUCUUGCCGAGAACCCCACGUUGCUUCCCCGGCUGCCGCCUCUCCCGUCGCUACGGAGCUCGCUGUCUUCAUCGCUCGCUUCUGCUGAUUCUUCUCCGUCGUCUUCUCAAGGGGACCUCUCCCCCUCUCGUGCUUCCUCUGCCGCCUCGUCGACCGCUUCGUCCGAAGAUGCUCCACCUGCACUCCUCACGGACCAAGCGCCAAGCAGCGAAAAGGAAGGCGUCGACAGCAGCGGGGCGAGUAGCAGGGACAGAGAUGCCAGGCGCAGAGGGGACGGUGCCUCGACAGACGGAGUUGUGUCUCUGCAGGCUGCCAGCGCCGCAGUAGUGGCGGCGGGAGCAGAAGUUGAGAAAGCGAGGAGUGAGGAGGCGCCUCAGGGAGAAACAGAGGAUCACGAACAGAAGGCGGGAGGAAGACAAGGAGACAGUGAGGCGACGGCAGCGGUGAGACUGCUCGCAGAAAGAGAGGCCGAGGCGGCGCCGUCGAAGGAUCGGUCGGAACAUCGGCGAGGGGUGAAGGAUGGAGACGGAGACAGAAGAAGGAAGGCCGAAGACGAUGCCGCGGCGAAAACGACGGCGAGGCAGCGGGGAGGCGAAGCGGCUGACGGCGACGCGGAUCAAAAUAUAUGGGACUUGCUGUACAGGUCGAAUUCGAAAGAAAAACACGAAGAGGGCGAAGUCUCUGAUGCGACAACGUCGAGCACGGGCAGUGGUGCCUUUGCCCUUGAGCAACUCGAGCAACUUGAACAGGAAACCUCUCGAGCGAUGGCCCAGCUGGAGACGAUCAACGAACAGACGGGCCCGGAUAUCCUUCCUGUCCGGAUUGACUUCCAACUCCAGGAGGAUACAGCAGAGCACUACCUCUCUUCUCUGGCGAUGCUCCAGUCGCACUUCAACUACUGGAAGCUGAAGGACGUGGCCUUCUUCAUCCUCAAAUGUUUGACUGGGACGAAUCCGACGUUAUCAUACACAGACCAUCUGAAGCAGCUCGAGUGUGCCGCCCGGAGAGCUGCUGCGAAGGCGGAGCGUGAAUCGAAUGAGGCAGAGCGUCGACGACAACUGAAGCUGGCUGCUGCUUUACACCGUCGUCUCGAUUCCUUUAACGGGACGAGUGAAGGGGCUCAAACGAGCCGAAAAGGCCGACAGCCACACGCGAAACACGGGUCCAGUCCAUGUGGGGGAACUUCAGGAAAGCGCCAUUCUUUCGAGGCCUCUGAGCCUGCUGAGGGACUGGAGAAGUCGAAACAUCGGCAAUCAGCAUCAAGCAGCGCAGCGACCGAGCUGUCUAGUGAAGGCGAAAGCGUAGCUGAAAGAAAGGGAGGCAGCUCUGUUGACAGCGAAAGGGGUAUCUCAGCUGAGAGUGGUUCCUCGAAAGCGCAGUGCACCAGUCGCAGCAGCCACAGCGAUGGAAAGGCAAAAGCAGGGAGUGAUUCCGCAGAUUCCAGUUCGGCGGAGAACACAUCACAAACCAGUCAGGAAUACGAUAAAAGCGCGAGAAAAAGACACCUAGAGAAGCGCCAACAACGCGCCAAUGAGAGACUGUCCACUCGGCGCACAGUCACAAAGAGUUUCAAAUGA